CAGGAAGUGAAAUGGACGGCGUAGAGACGUAUACGGGCUCAGAGGUUUCGCUUUAUACGGGCUUGGAGGACAAAGAUACAGGUUGAAUUAAAACUGUUCAAAUAGGUCUGAUUAAACUGUAAUGCAUGUUAACUGUACGUAAUUCGUCAGCAGCUUGAGGCAUCAGAAGUUCCGACAAGGAGGACAAGGUCCAAGUUGCAUGGCACACGGUAAGCGAAGAAGCCACGUUCUUCUUGCUUUUUCGUUCCAUAUUGUGAGAAAGGCAUUUGAUGGCAAAAUGUCGACCAAAUAUUGUUUCAAUCUCGGCAUAAAGGAUUUUGUUGUCGGAAAAAGAAGGAAGAUUGUCCAAACACGGGUUCGAUAUAUUUGUAAGCAUCAUACCGAAAAUUGCAAUUGAUUUGUAGUGGACUUUGUUCAGGCGAAAGUGUGAUCUAACUUCGGCGACAAAGUUAAUAUCUAUUAUCUGUUAAUCCAUACAGAUUACGACCUAACUUAUUCUCGAGAAACCGUGUGACAUUCAUUCGUCAAUCUUAACCUCGUAUUGACAUGCUUAAGCGCUCGUAUAUAUUUUUUUAAAUCCAAGUUUUCGCUGAGUUUUUCUGGACUAAGCGCUAAUAGCUUAAAGACAUCUGAGGGAAGGAGAAAGCUAUCCAAUUAACGUACUGAAAGUUAAUUUACCUGCUCGAAAAAGGACCUCUGUUGUCAUUAUUCGUGAAUGUCUCCUUAAGAUCCACUGAUGAGGAUCUAUAUAUAUUUCAUUAAGUGUAAAUUAAACGUUUCCGAAAGUAGUUUGCUUACCGGUAAUCAGAUUUGAGACACCAGCAGAUGUUAGAACGCUUUGAAUAAGUAUACUUGAUCACGAGAUAGUAGUGAUGUCUUUAUAUAGCAUAUUGAAAACCAGAUCAAAACAAAGCCCUGAGAAAUGUAAUUUGAUAUUUGGUAAAUCAAUUUUUGUAUUCUGUUAUCUCCAUUUAAGUCAUUUUUGUACAGCAAUAAUAGUGAUAUUGAAUUCUGAUACACACCUGAAAUAUACAGAUUGGUACAGCUCUCAAUUUAUCUUUACAUUACCAGUUCAAAAUAAUGUGUUACCUACUAUAAACAGUUCAUUAGUUUCACAAUCUUUGAGAAUUAUAGUAAAUGAGGAUUGUACAUGUGAAAUGUGAAAACUUAUUAGGCAGAAUAUGUUUUACUCAACUCAUGUUUUAUUCAAUGAUGUUUUAUUCAAUUGAUGUCGUUGAUUCCUUAGAUGGCAUCUAAUGUUGAAGAGGAGGGAAAACAAUAUGCAAGUGCUGGUAGAGAGGAGUCCUCUGAAGAACAUGGAGAGCCAACAGCACUGUACAAUGUUAGCACAGCUAUUCAGAAAGAUGCUUUGGAAGCUAUGGACAUGUUGCAAUUGGAGAUACAAAGAGUUAAGGAGGAGAAUGAAAUAUUUAAGGAGUUUUUCAGUAAGAUUAUGGAAUGUGGUGGAGAUGAAUAUCGUCAAAUGAUAGAGAGAGGAGGUUGGUGAUGAUUCAUUCAACAUGAUUAUAUAACAUAGUGUUUGGUGUUCUUAAUUGAAAUAUUAAUAUGGAUACCUUUUGAUAUAUGUGUCCUGUAAAUUUUUACAGUGGCUCUCAAAAGUAUUUAUGAGUAAACCCCCUUCACCCUUCAGAGUGAAGGAGAAAGGAACCUGGUUAAUUUCUCACAAGAGAUUUACCAGUUCAGCUUAUGUUUUAAUAAGGCUUCUGUUUUUGGUGUCAAUUUUUAGGUUAAAGUGAUGUAACCAUUACAUCACCAUCUCUGAUGGAAGGCAGAUAUAUUCUAAUUUUAGGCCUAAUACUGCAGGAUCUUUGUAAAAUGUCUUUUGUUCUUUACCUCAUUAUGGAAAUAAUAAUGCCUGACCUUUUGAAAUGACUAAACUUUUCGUUUAUACAUUUUUGCCAUUAUUCAGUGUCUAAUGUGUCAUUUUACUAAAUACAUUGGAUUAAUUCUGAUAGAUUUAAACAAAAACAGGCUAUUUGAAAGGAACUAUAUGGGGUUAUCAAUGGAAAGGCACUAAGUCUCACUUGAAAGAUCUCCUUUUUCCUAAUUGCUUGAUAUUAUAUCAUGAAGUAGCUCUUUGCCAAGAUGGAUAUCAGAGCUUGCCUAAACUUUUGAAUCUUUUGCUAUUUGGCAAUCUUUUUCCUGGUGAUUUCUUUUCUGUUUACUUCUUUUUCAGGCAAAGUAGGUAGAUGGAUAGUUAUGCUAUGAUUGCAUCCAAAUCUGAAAAUUUCUUUUCUAGUUUUAAACAUCACUGUAAAUCAGUUGUGAGAGUUAGUGUUAUACUGCAGCUGAUCAGGUCAUCUUUUUGUGUGUAUAAUGUGUGGAAGGAAUCAAUCAUUUUGAUGUAUUUCUUAUGCAGGUUUGAAUGAACUUCAACAUACAAUACAGGAGACCAUAAAUCGAUCUAGUAAAGCUGAAAGAGGGUAUGGCCAAAGCACCACCGUCAAUAGCAAUCAUACUCAUGAAUUGCGAGAUGAAGUUGAAUGCCACAAGGAUCAGUGCCGUGAACAAAGAGAAGAACGACAAGUUACUGGACAUAUGGCUUAUGGAGUGACCAACGCAUUCUUAGAAAGACACUCAGAAGAUACAAACCUUAGUAACUGUUCAUAUUACACUAAUGCUGAGAUGUUGACUAAGAAUUCUUCAUUACAAGGAGCUUCUCUUGUAGGCCGCUCGGUAAACUUGACCUACUCAAGUAAAGUUCAACCGUACUUUGUUGAAUGUCAAGUUCCUCUCGGGCCAGAUCCAUAUUCUCUAACAUAUGUGUCGUUGUUCCCUCAGACUAGUGGAUCAUGCAUUGGAGGAAAUAAUGGUUCAAGCACUGGUCUCAACUUAUUCAGGGAGCGUCAAUCUGGUGAAACUGAAGAUUCAGUCACAAACAGAAACUAUGGCACAGAAUCAGAAGAAGCUUGUGCAAUGGUGGAAAGGGUGCCUAGGGAGAGAGAAGAAAGAGAAGAGUUUGGUCGUGAAAUUGAAAGAAAAGAGCGUGAAAUUCGAGCAGAAAGAGCACGAAAGAAGAGAGAAAGAGAAGCAAGGGAGCUAAGAGGACCGCCUCAACAGCAAGAACCAGUUACUGGACAAUCUUUGUGGCUUUGUGAGCAUUUCCAACGUCAUUGUAGAGUACGUUUCCCUUGCUGUAACAACUUCUAUUCAUGCCACCGUUGCCAUAACAAUUCCAAAGAAUGUGAGAAUGAGGAAGCUAAAGGAAGUCAUGCAACUCACCUUAAAUGCAGCUACUGUCAUCAUGAACAAGAGGUGAUGAAAGGUUUUUAGUUAUGUUGUAAAUUACAGUUAUAAGAAUUGCCAUAUUUUUUUAUUGGGAUUGGUAGAAAACGUAUAGGAGGAGAUUCAUGUCCUUCUUUCCAGUAACUUUUGUUAACUGUUUUGGUGAGUUAUUAAUUACAAUACAUUCUCCACUGUUGCAAACUCACUUUGCAUGUGUAUGCACAAUUUUAGUUUCCAUUUAAAUAAAAAUUAAGCAAAACAAACCUCACUGCAAAGUCAGAUACCAAAAUGUUAUCUCCUUUCCAUGGCAACUACACUGGCCACAGGUUGGAGUGCUGUUCUCCCUGAUGAAUGAGACAAUCUAUGUUAAGAACUUUGUGAUCAUAAUUCCCACUAACUUAGAAUGUGAGACUUAUGAUUUUCCAAAUCAUUUCCUUUCAGAUUGGUGAAGACAGUGGCAGGUGUCGUAGCUGUGGAGCAAAGAUGUCAUCAUACUUCUGCGCUAUUUGUAAACACUUCUCCAGCAUUGACAAAAAUCCAUAUCAUUGUGAAAAAUGUGGAAUAUGCCGGUAACUGACCUGACAAAGUUCUCAGUUAAUAAAAAACUUUACUGUUGUGUUUUCCGCACCUUUUUAUGUUUUGAAGCUACAUAAGCAUUUUGAAGGGCUCAAAGUGUAACUUUUGUAGUAAGUCAUCUUUUUGGCAACCUACAUGUGUAGAAUCAUAGAAUGGUCACCAGAAAGUAAACCUUAAACAGCUCACAUUUUGCCUAAAUAAUCUUUUUUUUUCCUCAAUCCUACCUUGUAGCCAGCUUUACAAAUUUAAUUUUUCUACCACUUAAAGCAAGGCAUUGGUCUUAUUAUGCUAUGUUUCCUUGUAGCGUACAUAAAGACAAAUCAUUCCACUGUGAUGUAUGCAAUUUCUGUCUUUACAAACCCCUUCAAGGAAAGCACAAGUGCAGGCCAAACGCAGGCCAUGAUGAUUGUUGUAUCUGUUUCGAGGUGAGCUGCUAAACUUCAAAAUACUUAACCACUGGUUUCUUAAUCAUUGUUAUUAUCCUUAAGUAUGCCUAGGCAUGAUUAAGUUAAGUCGGGCAGGCUAGCUGUGACCGAGAAAACAAAACCUAUAAAUAUAUAUUUACACAUCUAGAACUAUAUAUCUAAUUUGUUUAUAUGCAUUAAAAAAUUAGUGUUCAUAACUGUUCGCUUUUGUCCAUCAAAAAAAAAAAAAAAAGAGAAAAAAGAGAAAAAAAAAAUUUUUUUGAAAUUCUUGAAAUAUUAAAAGAUAUAAAAAAUGUCUAUAUUUAAGUAAUUAGCUAAUAAGACUUUUCAUAAAAUAUUAUAAAACUUGAUUAAUAUUAUAUGUUUUUACAAGGAUUUGUUUGUUGAAAUGAACUAUUAUGAAAGUACUUUAAAUGAUCUGGUAAUGUUCAGUGUACUUGAUAUUACUGCCUUUUGCAUGUUAAAUAAGGUCUUGUCAGCUUUUGUCUUGCCAAGAAGUAGUAUAACAUUCUCUCUCUGACGAAUAUCCUCCUAAAACGUCUAUAAUGAUGUUAUAUUGCUUGAUGGUGUAGCCCUUGUGCUGUUGUUUGAGUUCCCAUCUUAAGGGUGCAUAUUUGGUGGUCUUUUCUUGAUUCUUCUGCUUCCUGUUUUCUAUCCAGGGGCAACUCAUCUCUAUGAUCUUUACUGUUUCUGUCUCCUUUUCAACUAUCCUGACAUCUAUUCGGUUGACUCUUACUUCCGUAUUUUCUGCAAAUACUGGUACAUCCCAGAAUGCGCUUGCUUUGGUGUUGUGGUACUCAGGUUUCGGUGUUGUUGGUGAGUACCAUGGUGGGACGCUUUCAAUAAGAUCAAGGUCAUCAAGAAGCUCAAAGAAUAAAAUUUUAAGAGCUCCAUUAUGCCUUGCUAUUAUUAUGCUUGCUUGCUUAUUAUUAUUAUUAUUAUUAUUAUUAUUAUUAUUAUUGUUACUAUAAUAGUUUUAACAAUUUUCCUUUCCACUUCUUUUCCCAUGAGUAAAUUAUCCCACUUUAUUUGUGUAACACUGUGUUCUUUCCAAAGUAACGUAUCAAAAAACCCCUCCUACAUAAGCUGUGUUCUCUGACUACUUUUACACCUUCUGACAUUUUGUCGUUUUUUUGCCAGAAGUCGUAUAAAUGUAACAGUUACUUACGAUUCUGGCAAACUUUUGUACAAUUUUUCUAGCCCACUACAUGUACAUAUACAAGAAAACAUAUCCCUUAUUUCAAGACUCUGUAAUAUCUCUGUUUCAACCUUAACUUCAGCAUACAACUUUUUAUUUUUGGUUUACUUGUAGAAUACUUUUGAGGGAUGUCAGAUUUUACCCUGCUUCCACUUGAUUCAUGACAAUUGUUUAGAAGCCUUAAUGCAGAAUGGAAGGUAAGCACUUCUUCAAUAUUCCUUCUUCACUUCUUUGUCUUUUUUGUUUAUUUGUAUGUUGUUGUUCUAGACUACACAGUUUCUACUUGAUAGUCAUCACUUUCCCAGAGAAAACAAAAUGUAUUAUUUAAGUUGAAAACUCUUAUAAGUAACUACCUCUGAUACACUACUGCGACCAGACUAUUUGUUGUAAUUGGAAAUUCUCAGAACUUCUGGGGUUAACCUCCUUUUGAGUGACCACUUAAGGUGGAUAACUAGCCUUGCAUUUUUUAUGUUUAAUUUUUUCCUCAGAAAGUAGCAAAUGGUCCUCUACCUGGUUGUAAUAAGGCUUGUCUGGCUUAUGGAUACUUUUCUGUGUUAUUGCAAAUGAGGAAACGAUUACACAAGUUUCUCCCUUGCAUGAAGGGAAUCAGGUUUCUGCUGUGUCGUAUAACUUGUUAGUUAACUACAAGUAGCCAAAUAAAUCCAUAUGUAUGUUAAUGAUUAGUAAUUGUAUGUUUCUUGUGUUUCUUGUUUUAGUGACACAUGCCCAUUGUGCAGACACCCAUUACACAGCCCAGCUCCUGAUUGAAAAUUGCUGCACUUUACAAUGACGACAAUCAGAAGAAACAUGUUUUAGGGAGAUGAAAAGCAAAGUAGUAGUAGCAAAGUAGCAAAUUGCUAUACUGUACAUUGUUUGAUUUAAGGCCAAGACUUUACUGCAUUUUGCAUGGCAUGAAGAAUAAUGGGCAGUCAGCUAGGCUAUGGUAAAAUACAUGUUCUUUGAAUGCUAAAUAUUUCUGACAAGGAAAUAAUUUUGUCUGGCUUUGAAAAAAUUAAGACCGUGCUCUUAAAAUGGACAAAAAGGUACAUACCAUAAUAAUUAAAAAGUUAUCUCGUUUAUUGAAGUCCUUGUUUGUUGCUUGAACUUUAUCUAAUAAUAAUUUAAUAAUAAUUAUAAUUACACUUAUAUAGCGCUAUAUAUAUAUCACUCUAUAGUGCUUCACAAUCUUGAAAAAAGAAAAUCAAAGAAAUACAUAAAUAAAAAAUAGGUAUUUACAAAGUUAAAAAUGUUAAAUGUAAAGAAAAGAGGAAUAAACAAGUAAAUGAAUAAAUAAAAAAAACAAAACAAAACAAAAACAAAACAAAAAUGCACAUUAUGUAUAUAACUACUACAAGUAGGCCUCUUUAAAUAAAAAUGUCUUAAGCAAUUUCUUUG